AUGGUUGACAAAAUCGAGAUGAGUCUUGAUGAAAUCAUCAAGUCCCAGAAAUCGAGCCGUCCGCGCGGUGGUGGCCGUUCCGGUGGAGCAGGCCGUGUGAACCGCCGUGCGGGAGCAAGCGGCGGUGGCGGGAGUUCACGAAACGGAUUCCGAUCGGGUGGUCAACGCAAUGGUGGUGCUAGCGGCGGUGGCGGAGUCCUCAAGGGACGCAAUCGUGGCGGAAUCUCCCGGGCACGCUACGGGCGGGGCGACGUGAACAGCGCAUGGAAACAUGAUAUGUAUGAGGGACCACGUAAGAACCGUCUGUUAACGACGACCGGGAUCAGUAGUAUUGGCGGUGGAGGCGGACCCGGUGGCGCAUCGAAGCUGCUGGUGUCGAACCUGGACUUUGGCGUGUCGGAGACGGACAUCAACGAGCUGUUUACCGAGUUUGGGCCGCUACGAAGCGCUUCAGUACAUUACGAUCGAUCGGGAAGAUCGCUUGGUACGGCAGAUGUGGUCUUCGAAAGACGUUCGGAUGCAAUAAAAGCGAUGAAGCAAUACAACGGAGUACCUCUGGACGGGCGCCCGAUGAGCAUUCAGAUGGCAACGUCGGAAAUUCCAUCCCCACGCGUUCCUCGUCCAGCUGCACUAGCGGCAUCCUCUGCCCGUUCUCCACGUAAACCGGCCGGUGGUCGAGGCGGCGGUGCUGGUAAAUCUCAGGGAGGCCGUGGUGGUCGCGGUGGCGGUAGCGGCGGCGGUAGACGUCAACCUCGCGAAACAAAAACGGCCGAAGAGUUGGAUGCUGAGCUGGAUGCCUACACCAAAGACAUGAAGUAA